GUUGGAUUAACAAAUAAAAGAAUAUUUCAAAUUGUACUUGAAGUUGUUAUUUGUGCUGUUCACCCUGUAGUACGGUCGUUUCCUAAUUACGAUCAGAUAAUCAUAGAAACAUCAGAUUCAACUUCAACUGAACCAACUCCUUAUCCUUAUUCUCAUGUAGAUAUUGAUGUUGCACUUGGUAUACCAAUGUUUGCUCGUCUUUAUUUAUUAUGUCGUGUUAUUUUAUAUCAUUCUCAUUUGGUUCAUGAUGCGGCAUCUCAAUCAAUUGGUUAUCUUAGUACAGUAUCAUUCGAUUUUCAGUUUGUUAUUAAAACUUAUCUUAAACAAUAUCCAGUACGUUGUUUAUUGAUCUGGUGUACGCUUCUCUUUUUUAUUGGAAGUUGGUCUUUACAUGCUUGUGAGUAUAAACCUACUCAUGAACAUGCCCCAUUCACCGAUGGAAUGUGGUUAUUCUCUACAGUAUUCACUACUGUUGGGUAUUCAAAUGUGACGCCAUCCAGUCACUGCGGUAGAGUUAUGUGUGGUUUAAUUAAUGUAUUUGGUCUCCUUACAGCUGCGCUUUGUGUGGCGAUAAUUAUACAACAAUUAGUGCUGAGCCGAUGCGAAAACUAUGUGCACACUUUUGUUUUAAAUACUGAAUUAGUUAAAGAACAUAAAAAUCAAGCAGCAAACGUUAUUAAAUUUGCAUGGAAACUAUGGUUUUGGAAAAAAAGAAAUACACCAUUAUCAUCUAUGCGAUAUCUUCAAACGCAAAGAAAAUUAUUUCGAUCAAUAGGUAUUAUUCAUCAAAUUAAAAAUGAACAACAACAUUUAUCUGUUGAUAAUAAUGGUCUACCUGAAAUAGCGACUAUAGAACGUAGUACAAAUGUUAAUACAGAUGAAACAUUACGAAAAAUGCAAAAUUUGAAACUGAAAGUGAAUAAAAUUGGAGAACAUCUUACCAAUGUGAAUUACGCGUUAAAUAAUUCAGAAAAUGUAUUUUAUUUAUCUUUAUGA